AAGCAAGGAGCAGUCUUGGGUCGGUCCAGUAUUGAUUGUAUUGUCGUUGGUUGGAUCGCCCCCCUGGCCGGAUAGCCUGGCUUACAUCAGAUUCACCGCCAAGAGCCCCCGAAAAACACGAUAUAUAAAAAUCGAUAGAUCCUGCCGAAGCGCGGUCGAGAUUUUCUAGUUGCUCGAUAACGUGCUUUGUGUUUUCGUUGAUUUAUUUCUGAAUCUUUGGUACUACCCGUGUUGCACGGCAUGGCGCCCUCACAAUUAUCAAUCGGCUCCCUUCCGAACGAGAUCAUAAUCCAAGUCCUAAGCUCUUUCGAAACUCGCUCGUUGUUGCCCCUGGCUGCUGUGUGCCGCCGUUUUUAUGGACUCGUGGGCCGUGUGCAUUAUUCUCGUCUUGUGGAGGCUUCGAGGUUGCAGAGCCAUCAAGUAAUCCUCGAGUGCUAUCAUCCAAGUGAGAAGCUCUCCACGCCCUCUCUACACUGCGACUUUCUUGGUGUGGAUGGUCUCGUAGAGGCUGGCGAUGAUGCCGACCUCCGUGAGCUCAACAAUCUCUACGUACGAUUUCGCCCCUAUCUAGGAGAUGAACAGCCCGGCGCUAUAUUCGGAGAAGCGGCGGGUUCCAUCAUGCGGGGACCUUCACACGAUAUAUACCUGGACUCCGACGAACCUUUCUCGCAGCUUUGCACUAUCACCAACCUAGUCAAAAUUGGGCCUAGGCGCGGCCUAUUUUCCAGUAUCGCCAACAUUACGGACACCGUUAUUCGCGUAAAGCGUGACUGGCUCAAGAGCGAAGCAGCAAAGGUGGCGGGGAUGCAACAGCGAGCGAGUAAGAGCGUGGAUGACACAUCCGUCUUAUGGACGAAUGACUCAACAAAGACCGUCGGCUUAAGAUUCAAGGUUGUUCAGGAUCAAAGUGUACCCACUCCUAUCCUCUUUGGCCGAGAUGAAGAACCGUCGGUAUCAUACUCAUUAGAGUAUCAAGAAUUGCUCAUAAGAGCGAAUUGGCUAUUGUUGAGCUUCGAAACAGCCGAAGCUCAGCAAGUCACUCAUGCAGGUAAAGCAGUCGUAAUUGCAUCCUUCUAAAAAGAAAGGGCUAUUCGAGAUUGAGAGCCUUAGAAACGAGAUAUCCGGA